UCAUAUAAAAAUCAAAUAAAUAUAUAAAUAUGGAGAAGUAUAUAAGUGUAAAGGAUAUAGAAGAAGCAGCUCUAUCAAUAUUACCGAAACCUGCUCGGGACUAUUACAAAAGUGGUGCAACAGACGAGCAAACUUUGGCUGAAAACAAACUGGCUUUUCAAAGGUUGCGGAUUCGUCCAAAAUGUUUGAUAGGAGUUAGUCGUUGUGAUCUUCGCACUAAAGUAUUGGGGCACGAUGUCUCUCUCCCGGUUGGUAUAUCACCGACUGCUAUGCAGCGGAUGGCGCACCCUGAGGGGGAAUUAGCUAAUGCUAGAGCUGCUCAAGCGGAAAAGACAGUUUUUACGCUGAGUACCAUAGCCACCAGCUCCAUAGAAGAGGUCGCUGAAGCUGCUCCUGAUGCAAUAAAAUGGUUUCAGUUAUACAUUUACAAUGACAGAGAAGUUACGAAAAAUCUAGUCCUGAGAGCUGAAAAGGCAGGUUUUAAAGCUAUCGCUCUCACUGUUGAUACUCCGCUAUUUGGAAUAAGGCGCGCAGACGUCAGAAAUAAGUUUACUCUGCCUCCGCAUUUAAGGCUCGCUAACUUUGAAGGAAUGCUGUCCACCAAGAUCCGCAGCACUGACAGUGGAAGCGGCUUAAACAAAUAUGUCGAGAAUUUAUUUGAUAAAUCUUUGACUUGGGACGAGGUGAAGUGGUUGAAAAGCAUCACUACGCUACCAAUAAUAGCAAAAGGUAUUCUACGCGGUGAUGAUGCGGUGAAAGCUAUCCAAGCCGGCUGUUCAGCAAUUUUAGUAUCGAAUCAUGGAGCGAGGCAGUUGGACGGCGUCCCUUCUACGAUUGAAGCCCUGCCUGAAAUUAUGCAAGCCGUGGGAAAUUACAACGUCGAAGUGUACUUGGAUGGUGGUGUGACAACUGGAACUGAUGUGUAUAAAGCCUUAGCACUUGGCGCGAAAAUGGUCUUCGUUGGUCGUCCUGCAUUGUGGGGGCUUACCGUCGGGGGACAGGCUGGUGUACAGAGAAUGCUAAAUAUUUUCCGGACUGAGCUGGAGUAUACCUUCCAAAUAGCAGGAACUCCAACUAUUGCUGAUAUUACGAGAGAUAUGGUACGCCAUGAAUCUGCGUAUAGUAAGCUUUAACACAAACAAAAUCAUGUGAUACUGACUAGCUGACAUAACCACAUAAAGUUGUGUAAUUUAUUUUACAUAAGAUAAUAAAAUAUGACCAUGACUAA